AGCAGGAACCGGGAACCGUGAACGGGUCACAGCGACAGGUCUCUGGUUGUGUAGCGGCCGAGAGAAGCUUUUUAUCCAGACGUGCAGCAGGAUGGCAGACGACCUGGACAUUGAGGCGAUGCUGGAGGCUCCGUACAGGAAGACUUGCCUAACGAUUUCUCAGCUCUGCUCCCUGAAGUGUGAUCUGUCACAGACAUGAAGGACGACGCCAGGAACCCGAAUCCCAACGGGCAGGAGGAGCACAGCAAGAGCAGGAAGAAGCGCAGCCGCAGCCGAGACAGGAAGAAAAGCCGCAGCCGAGAACGCAAACGCAGCCGAGACAGGAAGAGAAGUCGCAGCCGAGAACGAGAACGCCGCCACAGCAAGAGCCGAGAGAGGGGGGGGCGCUACAGGGAGCCCCACAAACACCGUAAGCGGUCGAGGAGUAAGAGUCCUGUCAGGAAGGAAAAGAGUCCAAUCAGGCAGCCGAUAGACACCCUGACUCCAGAGGAGCGCGAUGCCAGGACGGUGUUCUGCAUGCAGCUGGCUGCCAGGAUCCGACCCCGAGACCUGGAGGAGUUCUUCUCUGCCGUGGGAAAGGUGCGGGAUGUGAGGAUGAUCUCAGACAGGAAUUCACGGAGGUCAAAGGGCAUCGCUUACAUCGAGUUUGUGGAGACCAACUCUGUCCCUCUGGCCAUCGGGCUGACGGGGCAAAGGCUGCUGGGAGUUCCCAUCAUGGUGCAGGCCUCGCAGGCAGAGAAGAACCGAGCAGCAGCAGCAGCCGCAGCAGCCAGCAGCCUGCAGAAAGGAACAUCUGGACCCAUGAGGCUCUACAUCGGCUCUCUGCACUUCAACAUCACAGAGGACAUGCUGAGAGGCAUCUUUGAGCCGUUCGGACGGAUUGAGAGCAUCCAGCUGAUGAUGGACAGUGACUCUGGACUCUCCAAAGGAUACGGCUUCAUCACAUUUGCAGAUGCAGAGUGUGCUAAGAAGGCUCUGGAGCAGCUGAACGGGUUUGAGUUGGCGGGUCGGCCCAUGAAGGUGGGUCAUGUGACGGAGCGGUCCGACGCCUCCAACGCCUCCUCGUUCCUCGACAGCGACGAACUCGAACGCACCGGCGUCGACCUCGGGACCACCGGACGGCUGCAGCUCAUGGCCCGACUCGCAGAGGGUACAGGUCUACAGAUCCCUCCUGCAGCCCAGCAGGCUCUGCAGAUGAGCGGAGUGAUCGCUAUUGGAGCCAUGGCUGCUGUAUCAGCUGCUAUGAAUCCAGCUCUCGGCAUGAACUCUGCGAGUCUGAAUCUUCCGUCGAAUCCGCUCGCAACACACUGCUUCCAACUGUCCAACAUGUUCACCAACAGUGAGGACCAUCCUGGGUGGGAGGGGGACAUUCAGCAUGAUGUCAUCGAGGAGUGCAACAAACAUGGAGGCGUCGUUCACAUCUAUGUCGACCGGAACUCCACCGAGGGUAACGUGUACGUUAAGUGUCCAUCAGUCCAAGCUGCGAUGGCUGCCGUCAGCGCUCUGCACGGGAGAUACUUCGCAGGUAAGGUGAUCACGGCGGCGUUCGUCCCUCUGCUUGCUUACCAUCAGCUGUUCCCGGAGUCCGCCAGCGCCACUCAGCUGCUGGCUCCGCCCCAGCGCCGGUGACUCAUCCAACACUGCCUCUGAUUGGACACUGGACAUUAGACCCCGCCCCCUUUUAUAUCCUCCCCCCCGGUUGGUCGAUACAGAUCUGUUUACUUCCUGGUUCCAGCUGUUGGUUUAAUUAGCAUUUCUGGGCGUGGCCUCGUGAUAGCCCCGCCCCUGUUUGUAUUGUCCAAUGAUUGAGCUCCGUGAGCUGCCCGGCAGGAGAUGGAGCCAGCUGAUUGGUUAUUGAACUGCUUUCUAAGAUUUGAUUAAAUUUUAUUUUG